CGCAGACAAGAUCGUUGCGUAACCACAUGAAACAACAGCAGCCCGCAGUGUCGCGUCCUGUGCGCGGUGGUUUCGUUCAUGACGGGAGUUUAAUAGUGAUUCCGAUCCACGCUUUAAAAAGCAGCGAUAUGAAGGUAAGACUUGUUCUUAUUUUCAGGUUCACAAGAAAACACUUGGGAGGAUGAAGACUAAGUGGUUGGUUCGGUACCAACUUCUUCACUCGGGUCGCCUGCAUGUUCUGCAGGACGCGUCACUCAUCGGCCCGAGCAGCCGCUGCGCUUCGGCUCCUUUUCAUCAUAUUGAACCCAACGUAAAUAAAAUAAAUACAAUCACGUCAUUUGGGGUGAGCAAAAUAUAACUACAGGAGUCAGCAUUCAGAACCGAGAAACACUCGCAGAAAGCCAGUAAACUCUUCAGUUCAGUCCCUUCCACCAUGUUUGCGUCAAUAAUCCUGCUGUUAAUCUGCGUCGUCUUCAUCGUCGUUCAACUCAAAUCCCGAAGGCCCAAGAACUUUCCACCAGGACCCCCAGUCUGGCCGAUACUGGGGAACAUUUUGGACCUGAGCCUGGAGAACCCCCUGAAGGACUUUGAGAGGUUGAAGAAGACCUAUGGAAAUGUCUAUAGUUUAUUUCUCGGUCCCAAACCAGUAGUAGUCAUGAAUGGGAUGAAGACCAUAAAGGAGGCUUUGGUGACCAAGGGUGUCGAUUUCGCUGGAAGACCCCAAGACCUGUUUGUCAAUGACAGCACCCAGAGAAAAGGAGUGAUUCUGGCAGAUUACGGUUCUAGUUGGAAGGAGCAACGUCGCUUUGCUCUGAUGAACUUGAGGAACUUUGGAAUGGGGAAGGACAGCAUGGAGGAGAGGAUUCAUGGAGAGAUACAAUAUACUGUGGACACGCUGGAGAAGAGCAUUGGCAAAUCCUUCAGUCCUCAAAACAUGUUUCACAAUGCGGCCUCCAACAUCAUCUGCCAGGUUCUAUUUGGAAAACGCUUUGAGUAUCAGGAUGAGACCAUGAAAACACUUGUUCAAUGCUUCACCGAGAAUGCCAAGAUAGCCAAUGGGCCAUGGGCUAUGCUUUAUGACUCCUUUCCUUUGAUCAGAAGCCUGCCACUGCCCUUCAGACAGGCCUUUAAGAACGUUGAGACAUGUCAGAAGAUUGCAAAAACUUUGAUGAAUGAGCACAAGCAGACCAGAGUGCCUGGAGAGCCGCGCGACUUUGUUGACUGCUACUUGGAUCGGCUGGAUAAGCCGGGUGAUGAUCGGUCGUCCUUUUCAGAAGCGCAGUUGACUAUGUACAUUCUGGAUCUUCACUUUGCUGGGACUGACACUACUUCCAACACUCUCCUUACUGGUUUCCUCUACUUAAUGAACUACCCACAAGUACAAGAGCGUUGUCAGCAGGAGAUAGACAUGGUGCUGGAGGGAAAGGAUCAGGCCAGUUCUGAGGACAGAAACAACAUGCCUUAUGUGCAGGCCGUAAUCCAUGAAAUCCAGAGAGUAGCCAACACUGUUCCACUCAGCGUCUUCCACUGUACAACUAAAGCCACAGAGCUCAAUGGAUAUUCCAUCCCCAAGGGUACUCUGAUCAUCCCUAAUCUCACCUCAGUGCUGAAUGAGGAGGGCCAAUGGAAAUUCCCAAAUGAAUUCAACCCUGAAAACUUCCUCAAUGACCAGGGAGAGUUUGUGAAACCAGAGGCCUUCAUGCCUUUCUCUGCAGGCCCUCGUAUGUGUCUCGGAGAGGGUCUGGCCCGUAUGGAACUCUUCCUGUUUACGGUGACGCUGCUGAGGAAGUUUAAGUUCAUCUGGCCUGAGGAUGCAGGAGAGCCAGACUUCACUCCAGUCUAUGGGGUCACUCUGACUCCCAAACCUUAUCGCAUGAAGGUCCAACUCCGGGUAUCGCAGAAAAUCCCAAAUUUAUAGAUUGUUUUAACCAACCAGCAAACAACACGAUCUGAUCUGCACUUACUUGUCACCUACAUACAUCAGCUUUAACAAUUAAUAAAACAUAUACUUGUUUCAAAAGCAUCGCUGGUGAAUGCUACAUUUUACUCUUACGCGUAUAUAAAUAUGUAUAACACUAGCUUUAUAGUGGUGCUUUUAGUUUAAGAAUAAAUACGAAAGUGGGAUAUUAAUGAAUCA